AUGAUACUGGAGGAUGAGGAAAAGUGCCAGGAGAUGGCGAAUGUCCGGCGGCGAUUCUUGGAGCAGGCCGGUACCGAAUGCGUGAAUCAAAUCCGAGGUUUUAUCACGGAAGUGGCAUCAAAGUGCCCCCACGACGAGGCGCCAGCCUGUCAAGAUUUUCUUUGGAGCAUCUUCACAUGUGGUGAGCACAUGGUUAGCAAGGCGACGCACCGAAAGAGACAUGGCGAUACUGCUGAGAACGCUCGAAGCGACAACAUCAUACCGGACUGGUACGCUCCCCUCAUCCAAGCUUCGAGGUCAGGAGCACUGCUCUGGGCCGGCUUCUGGGACGGUGAUGAGUCCGGAAGAGGCACUUUACAAGCACUGGAGGACUUCGCACGCAUGGUUGACCAUGAACCUGUGCACCCCAACACCUUUAUCGGGCGAGCUGUUAGAAAUCAAGGCGACUUUCAGUCCUGCUUUACGGAUGGGAGCAAGGCCGCAAAGAGGGCCAUGCAUCACUUCUGGACAUAUACCAGCUUUGCUUUUGUGACAGGCAUGGCAAUGACAGACCAGAGGUGGGUCAUCGCCAUCGUGAAUAAGCCGAUGGAGGGUGAGCGGCCUCUCCAGGAUUCUGUCUUGGCAUUGUACGAGGCUCCCAGCAUUGGUGCUGCCUCGCAUCGCUUUGGGUGGAGGCCGCUCCUUCUUGUAAUCGACCUCCUGGGCACCUGCAGCGAGACGAUGCCCCUCCUCGUGGAGAACGCUAUGGAAGGAUGGCAGCGCAUGAAGUACCAUUAUGGUCAUGUCUCUGGCCUGCGGUUAGAGAAGGUGGAAUGCAUCCCGUGUCCACCGCCUGGCUGUAGUCUCAAUCAGGAGCUGGCGGACCAGGCACGGCGACGGGUGAGUGCCGAGAUGGCGCGCCGCAGCGGGCCCAGUGGAGGCCUUCCCAGGCCGCUGCAGGAUCGUGUUUUCGAGGCCAAAGAUGUGGCUUCGGUUGCUCCCGUCACCCUGCAACUGCAGCGCGCAUUCGCGACACUGGCAGGCAUCCUGGCCACGCAAGCCGUGGCCUUUGCUGACGCAGCCCUGACGGCUUUCUGUCGCCGCGAGGUGGACGAGGCCAUGAACCGCAUUGAUUUCAGCCCGGAGCAGCGUAAAGUCUUGGAGGACCGCCACGCCGAGCUCCUGGAAGUUUCUAAGCAGGUGGAUGGCAGACUCUCGUCCGUCCGACGAUGCGUGAUGGUCCUACGAAGCGCAUGA